GCGCUUACGUCUUACGUCACCCUCAAAAUCGAAGAAGAUUUCUCCAGGCGUACACUCUUUUAUUUUCUGUGUUGUAAAAAACAUUUUUGGGCGCACAUUUGCCCACCAUGGUUUGCGUGACAUCGCCGGAUCGUGUCGCUGUAAAGGAAUAACACGCGCCGCCACGCGCGGGAUCCAAAUCUACGCUUCUUUCGGCUGAGCUAGCGCUUUUUUAGCAUCUGUUAGCAACACCCGCUAAGCUAAGAGGUUAGCGGUCCCUGCCCCACCGUCGAGCUGUGCGUUAGCAAGUUAGCCUAGCUCGCUAACCAGUGACAACUGACAAAAGGGCAUGGAUGAUGUGAUUGUGAACAUGCAAGAGUGAAAAAGAAAGACGCAAGAUUCCUGGUUGUUUCAUCACCAGCGACACCUGACGCUCACACUCAGUCUCUCUUCUUAGAAGACGCUCACCACCACGACGCUCAGGCGCGUAGUUUUUCCUGCACCUGAACCAUGUGAGGGCCCCUCGGUCCAGUCUGAGGGGAUCCCAGGACUGUUGCCAGUGCGCCCCCUGCUGUGCGGGGAGCGGGACUGAUCCUGUUGUUGUGUUUGAGAGAGCAGUCUUUUCACUAGCCCCUCCCCAAAGACACAUUCCUGCUCUCCUUACCCAAGGAGACACGCCAUGAUGUUCCGAGACCAGGUCGGUAUCCUCACAGAUUGGUUCAAAGGCUGGAAUGAGUGUGAACAGACGGUGGCGCUGUUGUCCCUCCUGAAGAGGGUGUCCCGCACCCAGGCUCGCUUCUUGCACAUCUGCCUCGAGCACUGGCUGGCAGACUGCACAGAGAUCCACAUCCUUGAAGCCGAGGCCAACAAUGCAGCGAUUGUCAGCCAGUGGCACCAGGAGCCGAAAGAGAAAGUGGUUUCCUUGCUGCUCUCCCACCUGCCUCUGCUGCAGCCGCGCAACAGCGAGGCCAAAUGUGAGUACAUGAAGCUGCUGCAGAAAGUGCUGAGUCACACUAUAGAGAGCAGCCUGUUUGUGGAAGAGAGCAGGCAGCUGCUGUCCUACGCUCUCAUCCACCCCGCCACCACACUGGACGACCGCACCUCUCUGGCCAUGUGGCUGAACCACCUGGAGGAGCACCUGUCCAGUGGCUACACGCCGCGGCCUCCCUCCAGCCCGUACCACCCACGGCAGGGCUCGGACGAGUGGCCCAGCUCCGCCGAGGCGCUGGAGCCCGGACACGCCUGGCACGACAAGUCCCCGUCAUCCAGCACUUCUCCCGCUGGCCAGAACGGACACAUGCCGUUCCCGGGCGGGAUGUCGUCUCCCAUCAACAGCAAUAACACAGGUCUGGGUGGACAUAUGCAGCCUAGUCCUCUGAAGAAGUCCAUGUCAGUUAUUCCCUCCAGCCCUCAGGCCUGCGGCUCAGAGUGGAUCAGUCAGGACGACAUCGGGGGACGACAGAACUUCAUCCCGACGGACCACGCUCCGCUCUCACCUCAGAGCAGCGUGGCGUCCUCGGGCAGCGAGCAAACAGAAGACCAGGGCUCGGCUCGCAACACCUUUCAGGAGGACGGCAGCGGCAUGAAAGAUGUUCCCGCGUGGCUGAAAAGUCUCCGCCUUCACAAAUAUGCAUCGCUUUUCUCCCAGAUGACCUACGAGGAGAUGAUGAUUCUCACAGAGCACCACCUUGAGUCACAGAACGUCACUAAAGGAGCGAGGCACAAGAUCGCGCUGAGCAUCCAGAAACUGCGAGAGAGGCAGAGUGUGCUCAAGUCUUUAGAAAAGGACAUCUUGGAAGGCGGAAACCUCCGUAACGCCCUUCAGGAGCUGCAGCAGAUCAUCACCACGCCCAUCAAGACCUACAGCCCGCCCAGCGCUGCACAGUUAGACGCCAUCUCCUCCUGCUCCUCUUCCUCUUCAGACGUCACGAAAACGGGAGUGGACAAAGAUUCAGUCUCUGAGGGCUUCCAGUCCCACAACCCACCCCCCUGUGAUGGAGACACGACAGCCACGCCCAUCUCAGAGGGCGACAUCCCCGGACAGUUCACCCGUGUCAUGGGAAAAGUUUGCACCCAGCUGCUGGUCUCCAGACCAGAUGAGGAGAAUAUCAGCUGUUACCUUCAACUCAUUGAGAAGUGUCUGGCACAUGAGGCUUUCACAGAGACUCAUAAGAAAAGGUUGGUCUCCUGGAAGCAGCAGGUGCUCAAACUGCUCCGCCUCUUCCCUCGGAAAGCUAUGCUGGACAUGCCUGUGUACCGACAGAAAGGCUGGACGUAUGGGUCCAACUCCCUCCCCACAGCAGGUUCUGUGAGUGUGAGUGGGAGUGUUGGACGGCGAGGGCAGCGGCAGUUUCAGAUGACUCCUCGCGGGCUUCCAGCUGGACGCAUAAAUAUUCUGAGUCCUGGUGGCAUUGGUGGAGUGUCACCACGACACACACUCACUAAUCCUGUGCUCGCAGGCCAGGGGAGACAAAGCUUAUGGUUUGCUAACCCCGGGGGCAGUAACAGCAUGCCGAGUCAGAGUCGCAGUACUGUGCAGCGAACCCACUCACUCCCCGUCCACACGUCCCCACAAACCAUGCUCAUGUUCCAGCAGCAAGAAUGCCAAGUUCCAGGUACUGACCUGGAGAUCAACCCCACGCUGGAGUCACUGUGCCUCAGUAUGACGGAGCAUGCCUUAGGGGAUGGAAUGGACCGGACGUCCACGAUAUGAACAGAAGGAAGAAGAAGAAGGAGAAGAAGAAAGAAAAAGGAGAAGUCCACUUCAUUUGAGGCCUGCUCAGUUCCUCGUCACCCAGCACAAAGAUAAAACGUACGCUUCAGCAAAAACCAGGCAGAGCAGUCAGUCACUACAAUAAUGACAAAAACAAAACAAACUGUGUAUAUGUUCUCUAAUAUUUUUGUACUUUAUUAUAUACAACUAAGUUUAUUAAAAAUGGAAUACAGAUGAUUAUUAUAUUGCAGGACAGUGAAGGCGAGCUGCGGCGUCUGCUCCGUGUCACCUGCAGGACUGUGACACGGCGUGCAGAGGCUCGGCUCCGCCACAGUCGAGGAGGGAAAAAUGGUGGAUUGGUGCUGUCUUUAAAGGGUUUUCUCUGCCCAAUGAGUUACUUUACUUCUCCUCCCACCAUGGAACAAGUCUUUCUAUCCAGAACACACCCCGGAAAAUGUCCCCUCUUCUCCUCACCCUCCCCCCCCUCCCCCUUUCCAGAAGAAAGGCACUUUUUGUUUUUACUCAAUUAUUCUCCUACGUGUGGAGUUGGCCCCAAACGUUCACACGAGGAAAGUUUAGACGGGCGUCGGUUAACUGACGCCAGUAAACGUCCGAGUUGUUCUAUAAAUCAGUGCUCGCGAGAAACCGCGUAAAUCCACGUUAAAUCCGCGUUAACCCGGAUCGCAGACUCCGAACAGACCUGGCCCCGACAUCCAAAGCAGAUAUAUCGCUAUGUUUAGGUCGUUAGUACAGACGAGAGGUAAAAGUCUAGAGACGGAACGACUACUUUCACCUUUCAUAGCACUUCUCACAGUAGCAUUUGUUUCACGGUAAACUGGGCAUCCAUGUAGUACAGUUUAAUUUUCAACCUGUUUAUGUAGUAAAAUACCACGUAGAGCAGCGCUGUCAUUUCCGAAAAGCUUCAUUUGAAAGUCUUUGGGGGGACAGUAAACAUUUUUGGACUAGUAGAACAUGAUGUCGGCUUUGUUCACAUUUUAGAGGGAAAGUAGACGAAGCACAGCAGAUGGUAUCGUCCAAUAGGAACCUGGUUGCAGGUGACUACUUUCCGAAGUCUGGCCAAAUCUAGAAAAUUGAGGCUUCGGAGUGGGAGGUUGGGCGGGAGGAAGCCAGAUGUGAUCACAUGUGGUCACAGGAGACGCACAUACGAUUGUAUAUCUGCGGGCGGAUGUUGAUGCCGGGUCUGAUCGGGUUCUUAGACGCAUUCUCUCGCCUUGGUUCUUUUUUUAAUCCUCUCCGAAUUAUUUUCGUCGCAAAGGCAAAGAAACAAAAGACCACACUGAUUUAAGAAAAACACUUGUAAUUCAACCGUAGACAUACCCGUGUUUAUUCUUUCUUUUCUUUUAUAUAUUAUUAUUAUUAUUAUUAUUAUAAUUAUUAUUAUUUCCCCUAAACGUGUAGACCAAGUAGAAGUGUCUGUCCUCCUCUGAACUUCUACAAAGCCAAAGAGAAAGCUUGUACAGUGGUUUCAUUUCGGGGGAAGGAUAUAUUUGUAGUGAAAGUGCUGCAGAAUUUUUUGUUUAACAAGGAAGACGACAACAAAAAUAAGGAGAACAGAACAGCAGUUUGAAGAAUUAACGCCAGCUGCAGUUUGUCUCUGUCAUUUUAACGCCGUACUACGUAAAUGAUGAUGAAUCGCCACAUUUUGUGCUGAGGAAUUUUUGGGGGCGCAGUUGAAAGCGAGAAGAGCCGAACGUUUUCGGUUUACGCUCUGAGAUAGGGAUGCACAAUGUUGUUUUUGCAAAUAAAUUGGGAGUUCUUGGGCAUAUAUAUAUAUACAUCUAUAUUUAGAUGUGUGUGUGUGUGUUUUCCCCUGCGCCCAACUGCAGAGGUCAUAAAGUCUCUUGUUAUUUCAACAAAAUAGUAAUUAUAGAGGGCGCUAGAAUUGAAGUCAAGGACUUGGCAGCGUAUUCUGCCUACUGUUUUCGUCGUAGAGGCGGAUGUCGUGGAGAGAACAUCGUGCAUCCCUACUCUGACAAAACUGCAAUGAGAGGCGUUUGUCGGUGCGCCACAGCGCCCCCUUCCUCAAAUGGCCAGCGUGACGAUUUGAUGAAUCAUACUUUUUCAAGGUGCUUUGACAAAAGUCCAUAUUUUUCUGUUUGUGUCUGGAUGUGUUUUCAGUCUCUGACUCCGACCCCCACCCCCACCACUCCCCCCUCGAACAUUAUCGCGUGGUUAUCAGUGUUGAAUCGCGGGGAUAAUCCCGUCUUCUUCAGCCUCUGUCUUUGGAUGUGGCAGAGUCGGCGUGCAGGUGCAUGUACGUGUGUGUGUGCGUGUGUGUGUGUGUGUGAUAUGGUCUUAAACUUUUCGGAAUCACUUUCGGUUGCGGUCACAGAAACGGGGAAAAAAAAAAAUAACGUUCAUGUUUUAAUUUCAGCAGAGCCAUAGGAGGUCGGUAUAGUUUAAAAAAAAAAAUUAAAAAGGUUAUUUACAGAAUAUCUUUUUCCAAUUGUAUUUUUUACUCUCCCUUGAUAUUGAUAACUUAUGCUUAUUUUCUAUAAUCGCAUGUUUUUUGCCACACUAAUACAGCACUGUUGUAGAUAGAGGGACAUGGUUUGUUGGCGGCGCCCCCUGCUGGCGUCACACCAACGACUGGAGAGCAGAAAAUCUCGCAACUAAUGUUGUAUGUUUAUGUCGCCUAAAUGUCACUGUUUACAUCUCGCUGGGAUUUACGCCCCGGCUCAUGUUAUGUGAUGUCAUCAUUACUCCAUUGUAACAUGUUAAAGUAGAGCUGCAACUCACCUUUAUUUUCAUCAUGGAUUCAUCUGUUGAGUAUUUUUUGGAUUAAUUCACAAGUCGUUUUUGUCCACAAACCAAAAUGAUUCAGUUUUAAGGAAUUUUUUUUGUUAUAUGGAGCAAAGAAACCAGAAAACACUCAAACCGAUAAAUCGUUUGUCAAAAUCGUUGGUGAUUAAUUAAUCGUUGCAGCCCUACAUUAAAGAACUGAAGCCUUCUCGCACAUGAGCUGGCCUGAAAACAAGACACUUUGACUCUUUGCCCCCCCCCCCCCCCCAAAAAAAAAAACAACAAAAAACCCUGGCCUUUUGGUCAUGCGGUGAUGUGAGCGUAACUUUUCCUGACCGUUAUCCAUCACGUCCUGGCGAACCGUUCACGUGGUUCCCCAGAAUCCUCAAUACGUCGAUUUUAACGGUCUCGAGUAGUCAUGAAUUCCUUCAGAGCAGGCUCUUGGAUUGAUCUGACUUUACGAAAAAGCAUCAUCGCACUCGCGCCCACAAAGAUUGUGGUUUUUUGUUUUUGUUGUUUUUUUUUUUUUUAAAUCUACUCACUAUACUGUAUACCAAUUGUGUGUAUGUUAACCAGUGGCUCAGAUAAUUCCUUUCCAUCGCCUCUGUAGCUUUGAAACACAUCACUAAAACUGUAGAGCUCCGGACUUCAUUGUUUGCUCAGGUCGUCGGCCAUGUUGGCAGGAAAAAAUGAACGGUACCAGUGUCGGAUUCAAGCAAAAGGAGUUCACUGUCACUUCCACGGAGAUAAGAGAAAUAUGACCACAGAACCUGACAGACUGGAUAUAACUGAUGCUUAUGCUGCCCCCUGCUGCUUUUCAUAAGGAAACAGCCGUAUUGGACAUUAUUUCCAGCCAUUUACCCUGUGGCUGGGGUAAAUUUAGAGUGUCCAAUUAAUAGUGAACAAUAGGGAUUGGAUGCCUUGCUUUAGGGCUACCCCCAGCCCUUAACCUGGCAGGGAUUCAAACUGACCCUUCAGUUACAAGUCUAAAUUCUCUUCCCCUCGCCCAAUGCAUGGGCCAUGAUACUAACGUUAUCUCGUGUGGGAGUCUGUAACGACACUGGAGUUAGCUUCCCGGUAGUUAAGGGGAACCUUAAGGGGAAACUUACGAUUGCGCCCCUGACUUUGUCAAAUAAAAUUAAAGGUUAUAUUAAUGUCAGUGUCUCUUAACAUACAGUAAUACUUUACAUACGCCCACUUUAACAUCAGUUAUGCGACAGUCAUUGUAGGUUACCAUUCCCUUAAGUUUCUCCCUUAACUGCCAAGCGGGAAGCUUUGAAUGUGGAUGUUAACUCCAGAUCAAACCUGAUAAAAAGUGGCAUCUAAUGUUCUUCCGUUUGUUUCAUUGUCCUGUUCCAACAUCGAUCCACCAUCUUGUGAAGACACCUCAUAUAUAUGUGUUGUCUGUGGGUGUAAAACGGAGCCGCUUCCUGCUAAAAUGGCGUCGUUUUGGUGGCGUGCGUGCGUGUGACGUCCGCUAACGAAGCUCUAUUCGUCGGGGAGACGCAGCAGAGGCGAAUGUCGCUUAUCUGAGCCACACACAACAUGUGACUAUGAGUAAACUGAACACUAAUAACAGGCCAAGGAACAUGUUUACUCCAUGUUUACAUUAUAGUGACACAUGAGACAAGUUGGGAAAUGCGCUUAUGUUCAGCCUGGUGGGUUUUUUUUUUUGUUUGUUUGUUUUUUACAUGGAAAAAAAAAAGAGUAAUUAAAUAAUUCCACCAGGAGCCAAGAGGUACAGAGCCUGUGUCAAACGGAUCAGAGAUCAUGUCAGGGCUUAAUAAUCCAGCUGAUGGAAGCCAAACGUAGGCUACACCGCAGAUAUUAUUUGUCUUGUACGAUUUAUAUUUAAUUCUGACGACGCCCCCCCUCCCCCGCCCCGUUUAGCAUCAUCCCGUGCUUACACUCUACUUUUUUACUGUCACUCAUAUGUGUGAAUGGUCUGAAGUUCAGCGUCCGUCUGAUCGUCGAGUCCAAAAAUAAAAAGGUUCAGUUCUUUUGCAACUUUA